AGAGCGCGCAGUCGUCAGUCUCUAUCCGCAAAGCCCGUGGCAGCGCACAUAAAGAACUUCAGAAGCCUUGCUAUAGUUCCAGCAUGUUACAUAUUCGGCAUUUUGUAUCCAAGCAUAUCCGCAUGGCAACAGUUUAAUUUGCUGAGCAGUUUUGGAAGAUCGUUUUUUCCUCGGCUGAUGUGACAUUAUCCCUUUGGAAUGAUGUGGACCUCUCAUGACUCUAUUGGAUUUGUUUUCCUGUCCAGUUUAUGUAUCCAAUUUGGAUUCUCCUUUGAAGGAAAGUUUACGGAUAUCCCCUCCAAUCUAACAGUUAAAGAAGGUCAAAACAUUGAAAUGGCGUGCGCCUUCCAGAGUGGAACCGCAUCAGUUUACUUGGAGAUUCAGUGGUGGUUCAUUAGAGCGCCAGAAGAACCGAGCAACAGCGAGGAGGAGGAUGAUGACGAAGAAAUGGAAAUGAUACCAGAGCCUGAUCCAGACGACGAAGGGACUAAAAUAAGUACAGUGAAGGUACAGGGAAACGACAUCUCCCACAAACUGCAGAUCUCCCGGGUGGGGAAGAGUGACGAGGGCCUGUAUGAGUGCAGAGUCACCAACGCCAACUACGGAGAGCUGCUGGAGUACAAGGUCCAGGCCUACCUGAAUGUGAACAGCACCAGGCCCCGCAUCAGACCGGUCAAGAAGACGUCCCCCCUGUCCCACCUGACAGCAGAUAAGAAGCCCCGCAAGACAGGCUCCACAGCAGCACAAGACGGCAUGAGCGCCGACCAGAGGGUCCGCUCUACCUCCAGCUCUCAGACUUCCUCAGCCAAGACAGUCAAACACAGUUCAGGUACUAGGAUAGCUACAAGCUACGGACUUGCCAUCCUGAUUCUUGGCUGUGGCUUUAUGAGGGAUACCUUGCUAUAGUUUCAAGAACAGACUUUUCCUCCCAGUAUCACUAUGUAUGGCCUAUUAUUACCACCAAGCAGACAGCACAGUUGGCCCUUUUUCCCCCCCACCACUACUCUGCACCCAAUGAAUUCUUAUUACCCAUUGUACACAAGAGGCACCUUCUCAAAGGCCAGCUGCGGGAUUACCUGUUGUGCCAAUGUUUCUUCAGCACUCCCAACAAUUGAAACAAAAAGGAAACCGACAGUGUCUACUUGGAAUAUCUUUCACAAAUACUUUUAUUUUGGUUUCCUGCAAUACAUUUAUUGUGUCAAAGUAGAAAACAAAAGGAUCUAUAUUUGUGUAAUAUAUGAGUAUAUAAUUGUUUUAUUUCAAACUCCUUGAACUGUUUAUAGCUUACAUUCACUUUGUUGAUCAUGUAACUACAUUGUACAAGGGUAUUCAUGCCCCACCCAAAACAAAAUAACUACUAAAAUACAACAAAAUGAUGUAUAGGCCUAGUUGGAUUGCUAAAUUAGGGCAACUCGACAUUGUAUUAUUUUAAAAUCUGCAUAUGUAUAAUCUGCAACUACAAUUCUUGAACUUUGUUAUUAUGGAUCUGUUCUUAUUCAUUCUCACAUUCUUUACUUUUGUACGGUAUUUCCUUUGGUAUACAAAAACAAUACUUCCAUCUCUUGUAAUUUCCUGAUGUGCAACAGCUUCACAUGUUAUGAAGCAUAAUAAUGUCAAUGUUUAUAUGUGACUGUGCCAGCAGACCAUUCGUUAAAAUUUGGCUGCACUAAUAUUGUAAAAAGCCAUUAAGAAAUGGAAUGCUUCACUUAGAGCACAGCUCUAAUAUUCAAAUAUGCUCCAUUACUGAAAAGAAGAAUCUAGGUACUGCUGUAGCCUAAUGCUCAGGGGCAUUAUCUUUGUGUAAAGAAUCUCACAUUAGCCAAGAAGAGUUCUUAUGCCAUUUGAUGGUGGAAUGAUGCCCCAACGGUAUCUAUAGUAUACGUUCCUUAUCUGUAACACACAGAUAAGGACAAGGAAACAGUUUAAAGGUCUUGUGAUUAAGAAAAUGGUUUUAAAUUUUUCUCGCUCUUGUCCAUUCUCAAUGUUCAUCGACACAACGCUUUGACAAUCUGACCUCUUGUUUCAGAACCCGUUAGCAGAAGUCAUGGAUUCUACUGUUAUACUAAACUGUUCAUAUAUAUAGAAUCUUUCUAAAUGUCUAUCUGCAAUGUUCCAUAGACAUUCAACACUUGGAAUCAUUUCGAUUCACUAUAUGGAUGCACCUAUUUUAUGUAGCGUCAUUGUUAAGUGCAGUGAGCACUGGACAUAUAAUGCCACCAUAGCUACUGUAUGAAUAGGUGGUAUUGGUAAUCGUGCAGCAACAGUGCUUCAGAUCUGCCUUUCAGUUGAGUUGAAGAGGGUAUCCAUAGACUGAAGAGAGUCUCCAUUUUAAAAUGUAUCAUGUGACCAAAGACCGUGGCUAUGGCCAUACAAUAUUGACGCUCACCAACACCGAUCUCUUUGCACAUUGCUUAUACUAUUGCCUAGUGUUCUCACAUAUUGUGCCCCUUUAUUCCCUAUCUUUUUACAAUCUCAGAACGAGGUGGACAAUAUGCCCAGAUUCACAAAGCACCAUCUGUCCAUUUCUUCAAAUCGUAUUUAAAACAACAGCACUUUGGAUGGAAUAAUUAUAUGUAUUGGCAGUACAAAAAAAUUCCUGGGUCCACUAAGAAGGAUCUUAACCUGUUGAUACAGCAGUUGGAGUUAGCUGACAGAGCAAAUAAUACAGAGGAAUCCAGCUAGAGACAUAUCCUAAUCAGCAAGUCUGGUCAGGGUACAAAAUGUGUGGGCUAUAUACAGUAUUUAAUCUGAGCUGGUUCCUGAGAUGAGGACAGUUAAUCUAGCAGAGCUGUGUCAUGCUGCUUAACCUCAAUCAAUAUUAGGCUAUUGUCCAUUGAGUCAUUUUAUGACUAUUAUCACAAAUCCUAACUGUUCAGUUUUGAGGAAGAAGAUUUUGAGAAGUUGACAUCUGCUAGUAGAAUGUUUAUUACAUACUUCUCCAAGCAGGUAAAAUGGAUAGCAUAUCUGUGUGCACAGUAAAAGAAUGCCUUCAGUUGAUCAAAUCCCUGUAUAAAAUGUUAAAAAUAAAAUAAAAAAUCUGUAAAACUUGUAAAGUAAUCAGCAUGUAACCUUUUUUAUCCAAAUGUUUAAAAGCAGAGAAAAGUUAUGUUCUGUAUUUGUAACAAUGUUGUCAUAUAUUCGUUUUGAAGCACUAACAACAGGAAAUGGAAUUUAAAAACAACUUUAUUGACAGUCUGUUAAGGAGGACCACUUGCCAUGUCAGUGCACACCUGUUGCAAGGCCUACUACUUCAACAGGAAAUGGAAUCACUACAGAGUACAAGGUCAAGCAAAGUGGAUAUAUAAUUUAAAGGUCGUCUGAUAAGGAAAUUGCAACGUCUGACAAUUGUGGUGGCUAACAAGCACCGAAGUCUCAGUCCAUCAAACAAGAUACUAUAUUAUGACAUUUGAGCAACUCAAAUCCAUGGAUAUUGUUUCAGAAACAACAACACAGCAGUUAUGUUUUGUUUAUGACGCCGAUGUCCAUUGUUUCAGCUCUACAUAGAUGAAUUGUUUCCUUAUUACGCUUCAUCUCAAUGCAGUCUUAUCUGUUUGUUGAAUUGUCAAAAAUGUUAUGACCUGUAAUUUUCAUUUGAUUUGGUACUGUGUGAAGCUUCUGUACUGGAACGUUGCAGCAGUUUGUAUUAUAAUGAUGAUAUCAGAAAAAUAUUUAAAUAAAUCAUUUUCACAGAUGGGAUUCAAACACCGCUUCCUCUGCUGGAUUCCAUCUGUUAAAUCGGUAACACAUUAUGACUUGACUUAGUGAGUACAUUGGAUGUAGUUCACUGGGCGGUCAUAGUGUGGCACAUAAUGGGGCACGUACUGCGCAUUCAACCAUUCCGAGUGGAUAUCAGGACAAAGCUUAACGCUGUCUGGUCAAAACACCACUGAAGGUUUUAGAGAGGUCCAAACCACAAAAAGUAUAUUUAACCUGGUUGCAAUUAUAACAACUAAAAUGUUUUAUCUAAUAAGAUAGCAAGGAUGCCAACUGGAUAUUCGUAUUAUCAAUUAGUUGUGUCUAUUGGCUCACAACACCAUCUGUUGCAUUGCUAUCAUUAAAGUCUGCUGUAGGAGAAACUGUUUUCUGCACAGGUUGCGACGUUGUUACAACUAUACCGUGUACAUAAUAUGGACACACGAGUACGCCUGUCCUACUAUGUACACUGUACAGCUAUAAAAACAUCAUUUUUGAUAGAAGAGAUCUAUCUGGAGUUACUGUAUGCAAGACUGUGUUCACCUUUGUAUCAUAGAACUGUCAUUUAGUAAAUAGUUAUCAGAGUUAUGAGGGGGUGAUCAAACAGGUUCCCGGUUCCUGCUAAAGAUACCCACAAAUUCUCUGCAACAAUGUUGGAGGCAGCUUAUGGUAGAGAAAUGAACAUAACAUUCUCUGGCAACAGCUCUGGUGGACAUUCCUGCAGUCAGCAUGCCAAUUGCACGCUCCCUUAGAACUUGAGACAUCUGUGGCAUUCUGUUGUGUGACAAAACUGCACACUUUGUGGAAGUUGUUUGUGGCCUUUUAAUGUCCCCAGCACCUGUGUAAUGAUCAUGCUGUUUAAUCAGCUUCUUGAUAUGCCACAAAAUGAGAAAUAUGAGAAAUAAGAGAAAUAAGCCUUUCGUGCAUGUGGAACAUUUCUGGGAUCUUUAAUUUCAGCUCAUGAAACAUGGGACCAACACAUAUAAACAUGUUGCGUUUAUAUUUUUGUUCGGUGGUAGUUUGAAAAUAAAGAUGAUAAAUGUACUUUGGU